AAUCACCCCUUAUGCUCUUCCUCUUCAACAUUAGCACCCACUUACUAGGGUUCUUCUCAGCCCACCCUAUCCCUAAGUUCCUUCAAACUUCUGCUUCCACUGUGUGUGUUGGUUUGGGGCAGUCUGGAAUAACCGCUGUUGGUCUUUCUCCACUCUGCCUGCGUUGAGGAUUCAGCACCAGGACCAAGGGCAGAGAUUUUGCAGCUGGUUUUGUGAGUCAGUCUGCGCGCACCCACCCACUGGAGGCAGCUUAGCUUGUGGGAACCCACGUGGAGGGACUGAGGCUUUCUCGGUGGCCUUGUCAGUGCACAGCAGAAGUGAACAGCCUUGAGUUGAGGAAAUUGUGGCUGGACAGGCAGGGAGGUAGUUCUGCUGUGUCCUGCUGACUGUUAGCUGCAGGGCCUAUUGACAUCCGAGCACCUGGAGAAGAGAGGGGCCGCUUAGCCUGCUCUGUCCUGUGGGGAUGUUGGGCCAGGCUGUCCUGUUUGCACUCUUUCUGCUCCUCAGGGCUCAUCAGAACCAAGAUUGCUCAGAUUCUUCUGAAGAAGUGGUUGGUGUCUCAGGAAAGCCUGUCCGGCUGCAGCCUCCCAACAUACAAACAGAAAUUGAUUCUGUUCAAUGGAAGAAGACAGAACAGGGCUCAUGUGCAAAAACUGAGAUCAUGAAUUGGAAAAAUGCUCAAUCCCCAAAUCUAACCAUGGCUUCUAGUGGUAUUUAUGAUUAUGAUUCUGGGGAUUUUGCUCUUACAAUCAAGUCAGCUAAGCUGCAAAACAGUGGUCACUACCUGCUGGAGAUCACCAACAAAAGUGGAAAAAUGUUCACUAAGAACUUCCAGGUUCUUAUAUUUGAUCCUGUUGAGACACCUUGCCUGAAGGUCCAGUGGGAGUCCUGGGAUAAUGGGACUUGUCAACUAUCUAUGUCCUGCUUGGUGCCCAAGGAUGACAAUGUGAGCUACGCUUUGUACAGAGGGAGCACGCUGAUCUCGAAUCAAAGAAAUAGUACCCACUGGGAGGACCAGACUGACGCCAGCGGCCUGCACACGUAUACCUGCAAUGUUAGCAACAGAGCCAGCUGGGCAAACCACACCCUGACCUUCACCCACAUCUGUCAGAGAGUCCCUCUGAAAUUCAGAUUUCUGCCCUUUGUGGUGGUCAUCAGUGUUCUAGUCGCACUAUUUCUCGGGGCCAUCGUUUGCUUCUGUGUGUGGAAGAAGAGAAAGCAGUCACAGUCCAAACCUAAGGAACUGUUGACAAUAUAUGACUUUGUCAACAAUCCACAAGUCAGCAGGGAUCAACAAGGACGUUCUAGGGCCUCUGGAUCUUCCUCAGCUGUCCAGGAAGAUGAGACGGGACAAAGAGAAUCGGACAGGCAUCUUUCCGAGGAGCAGGUGCUGGAGCAGAUGCCAGAGCAGAAAUGCCAUGGAGACAGCAGCACCAUGUACUCUACGAUCCAGUGCAAGCCUUCUCAUUCCACAUCGCAAGAAAAAUGCACAAUAUAUUCAGUAGUCCAGCCUUCCAGGAAGUCUGGAUCCAAGAAGAGGAACCAGAACCCUUCCUUAAAUUCUACCGUGUAUGAAGAGGUUGGAAAGCAAUGGCUCAAAGCUCACAACCCUUCCAGGCUGAGCCGCAGGGAGCUGGAAAACUUCGACGUUUAUUUCUAGUUGUUGGAAAUGGCCUCAUCCCGUGUUGUGCACCAGCAUUGACUUUGGAAGGGAGUGCAUCAAAGGAUGCUGAGUCUGUGUGUGUCUGUGGACCAGCUUCUAGGCUGGAGAGGAUGUAGUUUAUUCAUGGUUUAUAUUUUAUAUUUUAUUAUUUUCUUUUUAGACAGGAUAUGACAUAGCUCAGUGUGGCCUGAUUUUGCUAAGUAGCCAAGGAUGACCUUAAACUUUUGGUCCUGCCUACGCUUCCCAGGUUUUAGAAUCACAGGCAUGUACCACUGUAUAUGGCUUGAAAACAAUUUCUAACAGCCACUGUAUGAUCAAGGUUGUUAAUGUUCACAAAACUAGUGAGCACUGACAAAAUACUAGCUAUUGACAUUAGAGAAAAAUAAAGUGGCUUGUAGAAUGAAUAUUUUAUUUAGCUGGUAAUAGACUUAAACUGGUAUGUAUUAUAUGGUUCCUGGCUUAUUUUUCAGAAUUAUCUUCUGGCCAAAAUCACAAAGACAAUUUUAAUUGUCAUGUGUGUGUGUGUGUGUGUGUGUGUGUGUGUGUACUUGUGUGUGUUUUAUAUAUUUUAGCCCCAAAAGUAAUUAUUAGAAGAUUUUUAACUUUCAUUAGCUAGCUUUAAAGAUGACCUCUCCUCGACCUUCCGUUUACUUUCUUUAUAAGUUAAUAAAGAAAACUUUAUACAAAAAAACCUCCCAAACUUAUAGAUCCGAUAGGAAUGGGUAGAGAGGUUGUAUUGGCCACAUUCUGACCCAUUGUAAUCUAUAAUUUAUGUUCUAUUUAAAUAUCAGUUGUAUAAUUUAAAAUUAUAUGGCACUGUAUAAAUAUGAGAUAGAGGGAGAUUUCCCUUCUUGUGAUUCUCUAAGAUGUUAUCCACCACCACUCCACCACCCCCGACACCAUUAUGGGCUGCCUGAAUUCUAGACUCUUCCUUUGCCCACCUUCCAAAGCAAGACAGUGAGAGAUGACGGUGACUCAGAGGAAAAGGAAGCACAGGUCCUCUUUGAGGCUGUGCUGUCUGGCUAUGAGCUGGCUGGCAGUUCUCCCUCAGAGGCUGGAAUCUUGGCUCCUCUCCAAUUCAAGGAACCCAGGACCACCCCGCAUCUUUGCUUCCAGCUGAUUGUGCACAAGGGAAAGUGCAAAGAAUUGAGAUUAGAUGGCGCAGUCCAAGAAAGUCUCGGGACACAAGAAUCACCCAACGUGUAUGUUAUCCUGAUAAUAGGUGGCUAAGACCAGUGUUGCCCACAGUACGAUGGCUGGCUUUCAAAGUCCUCUCACAGAAAUCUACCUUGUCAUUGACUUCUUUGUCUUCAUCUUUACCUUCUUUGGGACAGUUUUUCACUGUGUAGCUCUGGAUGGUCUGGAACUCACCAUGCAGACCAGACUGGCCUCAAGCUUACAGAGAUCCACCUGCUUGUGCCUUCCAAGUGCCCAGCAUCAGUGCCAUGUGACGCCACACCCAGCUGAUUCUGUCUUCUUUGCAGAAAUCUCUCAGAAAUCAUAGCUAUCCAAAUCUAGAAUCCCGAGGAGUGCUCCCUGCGACCCAUCUGGAGAAAAGGCUCACAUCAUAGGUAUCCGAGUUCAGAGUCCUGAGAAGUACUCCCCACAAUAUAACCUGAAGGGAGGGCUCAAAUAGUUGAUUGCUGAAGAUAAGGCAGUUGAGUACUGAUACCAUGCUAUCUCUCCUCAGGCUAGCUCCUUCAGCAAUGCAGGGGGAGCAGGCCCAAGACUCUGGAUGAGCUCUGGAAAGCAACAAGUACGAACUGAGAGAGGACUCACUCCAAAGCUCUGGAAUAUAUAUAUAUAUAUAUAUAUAUAUAUAUAUAUAUAUAUAUAUAUAUAUACACAUAUACAUAUGUAUAUAUGCACACAUAUGUAUAUAUAUGUAUAUAUACACACAUAUACACAUAUAUACAUACAUAUACAUACAUAUACACAUAUAUACACACAUACAUGCAUAUACAUGCAUAUACAUAUACAUACAUAAGUACAUAUGUAUAUACACACAUAUACACAUACAUAUACAUACAUAUACAUAUGUAUAUAUACACAUAUGUAUAUAUGUAUAUAAACAUAUAUACAUACAUAUACAUACGUAUACAUACGUAUACAUACACAUACAUGCAUAUAUAUAUAUUAAAGACAGUGUUUCACUAUACUGCCCUGGCUGUCCUGAACCUCACUGUGUAAACCACGCUGACCUCAAACUCACAGAGAUCCUCCUGCCUCUGCUGGAAUGAAAGGCAAACAGCACCAUUCCUGGCUCAGAGUCUUCGUCUUGUUCAAGUUUCACCCCGUGCUUAUAAUCAUGGGCCUGUGACAUGAAGACUUGUUCUCACUCAGAGGCAGUGUGGAUCCUUUGCCUGGAUUAAACUGAUGAACUUCUCUAUA